AUGUCCACCGGCGCAAAGAGAUCACUAAAAAGAAAAAUCGAAGUGAGCGAAGAUGAAGACACAUUCAUAAAUAAUAGUGACUACAACAAUGGCCCUGAAUCCGCCGAGAACUCCGACUCUUCUGACCAUUUCGAAGAUGCAAGUCAAAGCCAGCCUCCAGUUCCGCAAAUGCCAAGCGAUUCCCAUAUUGAUAUCGAUCAAUCUGACCAGAACGAGAAAUCUGUUUCACAUUCUCAAAAGCCAGAUGAUCUAGAUCCUUCAACACCUACUUCUGAACAUAUAAGCACCCACGAUGAAGUUCUUGAAGAUACUCCAGCGAAGUCAAAAGAGCCUGAAACUCAAUCUGGAACUGCUAUUCUCGAGCAAUCGUCACCACACUCAUCUCCCAUUCUGCAGUCAACGUCGCAAGUGAACAAUCUGCAACAGUUAACAAUCGCCGUGCCCCUCAAGAGUUCGAGCCAAAGCGAAACAAAACCAUCUAUAUCAAUGGAGCCUCGUCUCGUCAUCAAAAAGCUAGUCUUGACGAACUUCAAGUCAUAUGCUGGAGUGCAAGAAAUUGGUCCUUUCAAUGCCUCUUUUUCAGCUGUAGUUGGUCCAAAUGGAAGCGGCAAGUCGAAUGUUAUUGACUCCAUGUUGUUCGUGUUCGGUUUCCGUGCACUGAAGAUGCGUCAAGGAAAAUUGUCUGAGCUUAUUCAUAAUUCCGAUGGAGACAAGUCAAUAGAGUUUUGCCAAGUCGACAUCCAUUUUGUACAUGUCAUCGAUGACCCUCACAUACAUGCUAAGUCAACCGAGGUGGAGCAGUCGGAACUCAUAAUUAGUCGACGGGCAUUCAGAACCAAUGGAUCCCAGUAUUAUAUCAACGGGAAGACAAGUUCAUACACUGAAGUCACCAGUUUUCUCCGAGGCCAAGGCAUAGAUUUAGAUCACAAGAGAUUUUUAAUUUUGCAAGGUGAAGUUGAGUCGAUUGCUCAAAUGAAAUCAAAGGCCGAGAAGGAAGGCGAUGAUGGCUUGUUAGAGUACUUGGAGGAUAUUAUUGGUACCAGCAAAUACAAGCCAAUGAUAGACGAGGGCCUUGUGCGAGUUGAAGAGCUUAAUCAAGUCUGUAUUGAAAAGGAGAGCAGAUUUGAGCUCGUAGAGAACGAUACUACUUCCUUAGAGGAGAAGAAGAAUGAAGCUUUGAAAUUCUUACAAAAGGAAAAGUCACUAUCCGCUAAACGGUCUAUUAAAUAUCAAGUCAGCAUAAAAGAUAGUCUGAAGCAACUUGAAAAACAUGAACUUGCGGCAUCAAAAAUUUCGAACAAACUAGCGACUGAGGAAGAAAAGAAUCAGAAACUCAAUAGCGCGUUAGAAGAGAAGCAACAAGAGAAAGAACAAAUCAAAAAGGAUCUUGAAGAGAUUAAUCGCAAACUCGGCUCUUCUACCACGAAGCAAAAAUCAAUUAACACGCUGGUCGUUUCCUUAGAAGAGAAGCAGAAAAACCUCUCAAACAAAGUGAAGAAAAUAGAGAAGAGCAAAUCAUCCUCCGAGACAGCUCUUGCCUCAUCGACGAUGAAUUACGAAAAUUUAACUAAAUGUGAAGAAGAACUGAAAACCAAUCUCGAGGAGCUUGAAAAGAAUCUAGAGCUUGAAAAGCAAAUCCUUGCCAAGCUCCGAAUUGAACUCACUCAGAAAACUUCCCACCUAUCCGAAGAAAUUCUGAGACUACAGGUUGAACUAGAGCCAUACAAUGAAAAGCUCAAAUCAAAGGACGGGCAGAUAGAACUAUUGAAAUCUGAGAUCGAAAUGCUCGAAACUCAAAAACAAACUCUCUCAGAAAAAAUUCGAGAGUCCUCCAAGAAGUUAGUUGAUAUCAAAGCUGAAGGAAAAGCAAAAGAAGCUGAAUUGGAGACUUUGGAAGGCAAACUAAGUCACAUUGAUGAACAGAUUGUUCUCGGUGAGGAGCAAUGCAAGAGCAGCCGUAAAAAUCUCGAGGGAAAGCGAGUGCGCUUGGCCUCAGCAAGAACAAAAACUAGAGAUGCUGCAAGUUCCUUGUCUAACCUCCAAAAUAGAAAUAAGGUGUUAGUCAGUUUGUUAAAACUCUCUAAGUCCGGCAGAAUCACAGGAUUCUUUGGAAGGCUCGGUGAUCUUGGAGAGAUUGAUGACAAGUACGACGUUGCGAUAUCAACUGCUUGUCCUGCUCUCGAUUCCAUGGUCGUCGAGUCUGUUGAAACUGCGCAAGCUUGUAUCGACUAUCUUCGAAAAAAUAAGCUUGGAUACGCCAAUUUCAUUUGUCUUGACAAAUUGAGGAAUUUCAACAUGAAUCCUAUACAAACGCCCGGAAACUCUAUGUCGGUCAAAAGACUUUUUGAUUUGAUCACUCCAAAAGACAAAAAAUUCCUUCCCGCAUUUUAUAGUAAGUUGCGAGACACUCUUGUGGCGAGCAACUUACAAGAAGCGAAAUCGGUUGCUUAUGGUACUACUCGUUUUAAAGUUGUAACUCUUGAUGGAAAGGUAGUCGACACAUCUGGAACGAUGUCUGGUGGAGGUAAUAAUUUCACGCGGGGCAUGAUGCAGCUAAGGUCCAAAGCAGUAUCACAAUCGAUAGAGUAUUCAGAGGAAGACAUCAAUCAAAUGAAGGAUGAGCUACUGUUGAUGGAGCUGCAAGUUGAGCAAAUGAAUCAAGAGUGCUACAACAUGGAAAACAAUUUGAGGAAAUUGAAAGAGCUUAAGCCGGAAACAGAAUUUGCUAUACAAACUAUCCAGUUGGACAUUAAUGCCUUGGUGAAUGAGAAGUCUGAAAUCUCAAAUACCUGCAAAAAUCUCAUCCGGAAAAAGGAGGAGCAAGAGGCUUCUCCAGAGCUUCAAUCAAUUGUCGCUCAAAAGCAAGACAAGCUUAAGGAACUUGAAGAAAAUAGAGGUGCAAUUAAACUGCAAAUGUUGGAAUCUGAGACAAAAAUCAAAAAUCUCGAGGAAGAAGUCAUGAAAGCAGGAGGAGUUGAAUUGAAAGUUCAAAACUCCAAGGUAGACUCAAUCAAACAACAAAUCGAGAUCCUUUUGGAGAAGUCAUCUGCCGACCAGAUUUCAUUGAAAAAGCUUGCGAAUGAUAUCAAGCGUCACAACAAGAUAAUAAGCGAUGGAGAGAAGGAGUUGGAAGGGACACAAAUAGAGACAACUGAAAUCGAAACAUCCAUUCAGCAAAAAAGAGCAGAUCUUCGAGCUUGUGAAUCCGAAAUAGAGAAAUUUCAAGCUGAGAUCGCCGCGAAAGAAUCUGAACUGGAAAUACUCGAAGAAAGUUUUGAAGAAUUAAUCGUUCAAAUCAACGAAUUCAAAUCUGAGGAGAUCGAACUCCGAAAUCAAUUGGAAAAGCUUCUGGGUCUUGUGAAACGUUAUAAAAACGAAAUUCGAGUUCUGACUGAAGCAUUACAAAACACGAUCAUGCGCGAUACUUCUCCAUAUAUCGAUUGGAUGGCAGAAGAAGACAGAGCUCCGUACAGCUCUGAUAUACAGCGGCUCGAGGACGAAGAACUCGAUAAUGUGAAUUUGGAGCAAGUGGAGGAAGAGAUCGAAGAGAUCGAGAAGUACAUGAAUGAUGUGAAAGUGGAUGUCGAGGUUCUUAAGGAGUACGGCAUCAAACAGAAGGAGCUUGAAAAGAGAAGAUCGGACUUAAACCAGUCAGUUGAAGAAAGAGAUAGCGUCAGGAACAAUUGCGAAAAUCUCAAGCGCAAGAGACUAGACGAGUUUAUGGAAGGAUUUACCACGAUUUCCAUGUCCCUUAAGGUUAUGUAUCAAAUGAUUACAAUGGGAGGAAAUGCUGAGCUUGAAUUGGUUGACAGUUUGGACCCUUUUUCGGAGGGAAUUCUUUUCAGUGUCAUGCCUCCCAAGAAAUCCUGGAAGAACAUCUCCAAUUUAUCUGGAGGAGAGAAAACACUCAGUUCUCUAGCAUUGGUUUUUGCGCUUCACAAGUACAAGCCAACACCAUUGUAUGUUAUGGACGAGAUCGAUGCAGCCUUGGACUUCCGCAAUGUCUCGAUCGUGGCAAAUUAUAUCAAGGAAAGAACCAAGAACGCUCAGUUCAUUGUGAUCUCGUUGCGUAAUAACAUGUUCGAGCUAGCUCAACAACUUGUUGGCAUUUAUAAGGUAAGCAACCGCACAAAGAGUAUCUCUUUACAAAACAAAGAUUUGCUUAUGGUAGAGAACUAG